UCUCUCUCCUUUUUCCUCGUUGGACCUGUGGAAGCAAGAUGGGUCACCAGCAGCUCUACUGGAGUCACUCCCGAAAAUUCGGCCAGGGAUCUCGCUCUUGCCGCGUGUGCUCUAAUCGCCACGGUCUGAUCCGGAAGUACGGGCUCAACAUGUGCCGGCAGUGUUUCCGCCAGUAUGCGAAGGACAUCGGCUUCAUUAAGUUGGACUAAUGGCUCUUCUUUGAAAGGAUG